AUGGCGCAACAGUCUUCCUCUGCGAAACCAAUGCCUAUGCUGAAAGAUGAGCUCGACAUCGUGAUCCCGACGAUCCGUAACCUUGACUUCUUGGAGAUGUGGAGGCCAUUCUUUGAGCAAUACCAUCUGAUCAUUGUUCAGGAUGGUGAUCCUUCCAAGACCAUCAAGGUCCCAGAAGGUUUCGACUACGAGCUGUACAACAGGAACGAUAUCAAUCGAAUCUUGGGUCCCAAGGCUUCUUGCAUUUCCUUCAAGGACUCUGCUUGUCGCUGCUUCGGUUACUUGGUCUCCAAGAAGAAGUACAUCUACACCAUUGAUGAUGAUUGCUUCGUUGCAAAGGAUCCAUCUGGAAAAGAUAUCAAUGUGAUUGAGCAGCAUAUCAAGAGCCUCUUAACUCCAUCAACUCCAAAUUUCUUCAACACACUUUAUGAUCCAUACAGAGAUGGAGCCGACUUUGUUCGUGGAUACCCUUUCAGUAUGCGCGAAGGUUGCAAAACUGCGGUCUCUCAUGGUCUUUGGCUCAACAUCCCUGACUAUGAUGCUCCCACUCAGCUUGUGAAGCCACUUGAGAGAAAUUCCAGGUACGUUGAUGCAGUCAUGACCAUCCCCAAGGGAACUCUUUUCUCAAUGUGCGGUAUGAACCUCGCUUUUGACCGGGAGCUGAUUGGCCCGGCUAUGUACUUUGGGCUUAUGGGUCAUGGUCAACCAAUUGGAGGUUAUGACGACAUGUGGGCUGGUUGGUGUGCCAAGGUGAUCUGUGACCACAUGGGAUGGGGAGUGAAGACGGGUUUGCCUUAUGUAUACCACAAAAAAGCCAGCAACCGAUUCGAGAAUCUGAAGAGAGAAUACAACGGAAUAUUCUGGCAGGAAGAGGCUAUACCUUUCUUUGAAUCAGUGACUCUACCCAAAGAGUGUACUUCGGUGCAGCAAUGCUACCUCGAGCUAGCUAAGCUCGUGAAGGAGAAACUCGGAAAGGUGGAUCCUUACUUCAUCAAGCUUGCUGAUGGAAUGGUCACUUGGAGCGAAGCUUGGGAUGAGCUCAACACUACCCCAUAA